CAUAGUUGCAGUAUUCGUGUAAUCGUUUGGCUACACAGCCAAAACACCUAGAACAAUACACAAAGUUGGAGGCAACACCCAUUUUCUCGGCACCUUUAAUUACUUUCCGACUCUUACCAAGUCACCAUGGCAGCUAAGAUUAAGGAAGGACUGAGAGACAUCAAGCAGGGUGUCCUUGAGAAACUCACCGGGCCUAAAUAUGCGGACAACCUGCUCGGAGAGAGCUUGCAGGAUCAGCUGCGUAAGGCAACUGCGAAGGAGCUCGUCGGGCCUAACGAGGAGCUCAACUCCCAGGUCGUCGACACCAUCAACCAAGACAUCGCAAACGGGAAGGACAGCAAGGAGAUUGUCUCGCUGCUGAAGAAGCGACUGCGCACCGACAACCCGCACAAGCAGUGGCUGGCUGUUCAGCUGGUGGGUCGUGUGCUGCGGGACUGCUCGGCCGGCAUCGGGCUGCACACGGAGGACGUGCUCCAGGAGGUGGCGCGGGCCAUGGCGCGGCCAGCCAAGGCCGACAGCGAUGCGGGCCGCAUCACGCGCCAGGCCGCCAAGGAGCUGCUGCGCUCCUUCGGCCGCGCUGGCGCCGGAGCCGUGCGCGCCGCCAACCGCUCGGUGGUUGAGGACGCGCGCACGCACAGCCGCAACGCCAUGAACCUGCACGCCUCGGCGGGCGGCGCACCUGUCAACGCCGAGGCUGCCAGCCUGGUGGCUGAGGUGCAGAUGCUGGUGGAGCAGGCCAACGCCAACACCGAGCUGCUCAGCGAGAUGCUCAUCACUGGAGACCAGGCCGCAGGCGCCUCCGGCCCUGCCGCUGCUGCCGGCGGCGCCAAGGACGAGUUCGAGAACGAGCUGACUCGGGAGCUGGUGACGGAGGUGCGCGAGCUGCGCGGCCUGUUCGACGCCUACCUGGAGCAGCUGCAGGCCCUGAUGAGCAGUGGCCAGGGCGGUCCGGACGUGGAGGCGGCGCUGAUGCGCGCACUGGAGGCGGGCGACAUGCUGGACGGAGCCCUGGCGCUGGCGCAGGACGUCUCCACCAACCAGCGCGAGCUGGAGCAGCAGGCGGUGGCGGGCGGCGGCGCCAGCGGCGGCGGCGCAAACCCGGCGGCGGCGGCGGCGGCGGCGGUUGACCUGAUCUCACUCGACGACUUCGCAAUGCCGGCGCCGCCGCCCGUGCUGGCGACCGGCGGCGCAGGGGCGCCCCAGGACCCCUUCGCAGCCCUGGCGGCGGGCGCGGCAGCCGCGGCGCCGCACGACCCCUUCGCCGCCUCCAACAUCACACCUGCGAUGGCAGUCGGCUCGCCGCCCGCCGCCGCCGCCCCCGCGGCCGCCUACCAGCCCUACCCCGCCGCCGCACCCGCCGCAUACCCUCCGUACGGGCAACCGGCGGCGCCAGCCCCGUACGGCGCCCAACCGCCCGCACCCUACGGCCAGCCGCCGCCGGCGGCGGCGGCGCAGCCGUACCCGGGGGCGCCGCCGCCUUACGGGCAGCCGGCGGCGGCGCCCGCCAACCCCAACAACCCAUUCGCGGGAGCCGUACCGACGUACGGGUCAGUGGCGGCGCCGCCAGCUGGGUCGGCGGGCGUGUCGGCGGCGCCCAGCAACAACCCCUUCUCAGCGGCGCCGUCAGUGACGAGCGGCGGCGGCGCUGCGCCGCCGGCGGCUGCUGCGGGUCUGACGGGCGGCAGCGGGACAUCGUCGGUGGACGCGGAGUGGGCCAUGUUCUUCGCGGGGCGGACUGGAGCCUCCGGCGCGCCGCCGCAGCAGCAGCAGCCGGCCGGCGGCGCACACUGAGACGCGUGUGCAUGGCCCGUGCGGUAUGCGCCGAGCUAACAGAACGCGCCGAGCUAAGCUUGUCAGGGGCAGGCUGCCCGCAUCAGGGGACAGCCCGCAUCGGCAGCAGGGCGAGCAACAAUUUUCCUUUGCAUGGAAUGUGAAGAAGUUGAGAUUGCGGUUUGCGGUUUGUCGUUGUGGGGCGGCGGCGUGUCAUGACUGUAGUUGUUGUCGUCGCUUGUCACCAAUAUGGCGGCGGUGUGUGGCAAUGUUGUAAUUGGGUUGAGGCGCAAUCCCGGACGUCAUGCUUCCCAGUGCCGUAUCCGUGGGGCGGGGGGCGGUAUCUGUAAGACUGCAAAAGCUACCGGAUGUCCCGAGGGCAGUUUCAUAGGCUAUUUGUAAGACUGCAAAAGCUACCGGAUGUCCCGAGGGCAGUUUCAUAGGCUUACACCCUCCCCCACUUGAUUGGGACCCGUCCUCGGGGCCAACACGACGUCGGGUUCUCCGCGGGCGUGCGGCCCUCAGGGCCUAGUUCGGGUGGACGGCCCGCUUCAACUCUUUCGUUUUCGGGAACCCGCUAAUGCACGUUCCUGCGUCAAGCGUCAGGAUCGAUCCAGUGACCUGCCCCGUGGUAACAUAUCCCGUGGUCGCACCCGUGGUAACAAUAGGUCGUGCUGGUUCGGUCUCGAUACCAUUUGUAAGACUGCAAAAGCUACCGGAUGUCCCGAGGGCAGUUUCAUAGGCUUACAGUAUCCAUGAGGCGGCGGCGCGUGCGUGGGGCGCCUGUGUGUGAAGGCAGUUGCGGGGUUGUCCUUUCUCUGUUUAUGUGUACGGUACAGUUUUAGCGCGAGUGUGGGGACUUACUGAUCGCAUAGACCUUCGGCACACCACCUUCGCACACAAUGGAAACAGAACAUGACUCGGGGAUGCAUGGCAGGGACCACAUACGCUUUAUGGCCUGUCUGUGUGCCAGCAGGUGGGGCAGGAGAAGAGGCUGCAAGGCAGGUGUUGGGCACUGGCGAGGUGGCCGCAUGUGUGUGCGGAGUUGAAGAUUGGGUUUUUUGGCGGCGUGCCGUGCGCCGGCACGCAAGUCUUCUGGGGCUGUGCAGGGGCGGGAUGGUCUGCGGCAGGUUGGGGCAGCAUGCGCGACUUAUUGUGUGUGUGGGGGGGCAUGAGUUGGAUGAUUUGGGCAACCGAGUGAAGGGGUGGGAGAAGGGCCUUCCUCGGUUGUGUGCGCAACGCGGCCCGAGCAUGGGUUGGGCGUGGCCGUUCCUUUGGUGGAAGGAGUCCAUGGAAGCAAGGCUUGGCGCCGAAGCCGCUGUGUGUGUGACUGUUGGCGAUGGUGGGAGGCGUGGUGGGGGGCGCGGAAGUACGUGCACACCCGGCGCGACGGGUAAAUGGGCCACACGUUACCGGAGGUGCCCCGCUACUGCUACUGCUACUGUCGGGGAGGUCUGGUCGCACGGGUCCGUGCCAAUUAGCUUCGUUUGACCGCUUGAUCGACUGACUGAGCUUCGUUGCUGUAAACGAGGCAGUGU